AUGGGACUGGGAGUCUUAGACGUGGCGCAAAAUGUUGAGGUCCCCGGCACCUCCAACAUUUACGACCACGCCCGGGAUACGACCGAUGGCCCCUCUGGCACCGGCCUGAAAUACGACUGGACCACCAAAGAGCCCACGGUUCUUGUACCGCAACCCAGCGAUGACCCAAAUGAUCCUUUGAACUGGCCACUAUGGCGCCGCGACGUUAUCCUCGGCAUUUUGUCCUUCGUCACCGUGCUCUGCACAACGCUCAGUUCCAUCAUGGCCGCUAACACCGUCACGAUCGCCGACUACGAGCAAAUCACCUUUGUGGACGCUGCCCUUCUCACAGGAUACCAUCUUUGUGGCGUCGGAGUAGCGGGUAUUCUGAUUGUUCCUACCGCACGCGUCUGGGGCAAGCGCCAUCUAUUUCUGCUCGGCCAUGUCUUGAUGAUUGUGAGCUGCGCCUGGGCCGGUGGGAGUGGAACAAAUACCAAGAGUCUUCUAUGGGCACGCAUAUUCCAGGGUGUUGCUUUGGCCCCAUUUGAGGCCCUGGUCAAUGCCUGUGUUGGUGAUCUAUACUUUGUACAUGAACGAGGAAAACGAAUGGCCGUGUCAAACGUCUCGCUCUUCGGAGCAGCCUUCCUGACCCCGGUUUUCGUCGGCAAAAUCACCAAGACGAUGGGUUGGCAAUGGUCCUUCUAUUUCGUGGCUAUUUUCCUUGCCGCGGCCCUCCCGUUCAUGAUCGUCUUUGUUCCGGAGACUGCGUAUCGUCGGCCCGAUUAUCUCAACACUGAUUUCAAGCACAAAGCUAGGCGGAACGAGUCUACAGAGUCUCACUUGCCACUCGAUGAUACUAGUGAUGAGCCUAAACCGUUUGUGCCGGGGGAGUCUGGGAGACGUGGAAUGUCUAGGACAGAAGUCUCUGCGACACCCAUCCCGGAAAAAGAUUCGCUUCUGAAAUCGAUGAGAUUGUUCAAUGGACGAAAGACAGAUGAGAACUUUUUCAAGCUGCUCUUGCGUCCCUUUCCCUGGAUCCUUUACGCGUGUCUCAUACAAGGCGUUGUCAUCGGCUGGGCCGUAUUCAUUGGUGUCGUUCUAGCGAUUGUUUUCCUUGGCCCACCGCUCUGGUUCGAAGAAGAUAAAACAGGAUACCUCUACACCGGCGCAUUCAUUGGAUCAAUAAUCGGUCUCGUCCUAUCCGGCCUCCUCACCGACUCAAUGAACAAGAUGAUGAUCCGACUCAACGGCGGCAAAUACGAGCCCGAGUUCCGACUUCUGCUGGUCUUCUUCCAAUUCAUCUUUGCUUGCAUGGGUCUGUAUGGAUUUGGAUGGACCGCCAAUGAUGUCGCGAAGUACAAAUGGUUACUGCCGGAUGUAUUCUUUGCUUUUCUGAUUAUUGGGAUGGUUAUGGGCGCUGUUGCUGCUUCACUGUACAUCGUCGAUGCACAUCGUGAAAUUGCCGUCGAGGCAUUUACAUGUCUACUCGUGUUUAAAAACAUGUUCAGCUUCGUCCUUACCUUCUUCGCCUACAACUGGUUUGCUCGCGGUGGGAUAAAACAUACCAUGAUCGUCAUCGGCAGUAUCCAGGUCGGAAUAUGCCUCUUGACUCUUCCAAUGUACGUUUUCGGAAAAUGGAAUCGGGCAUUUUGUGCGCGGUAUGAUAUUCUUGAGAUUCUGCAUCUGCGAUAA